AUGACAAGACGUCAAAAAGUGACACCAAAAAGCGCGAGAAAGAGAGCACCGAAUUACCAGUCAUCUGCCACCAAAUUAAUCGUUGACGAUUUAAUUUCAGAAGGUGAACUUCAAACUGAGCUUGAAGUGGACGACGCUUUUGAUCUGAUUCGCCAGCACUGGUUUGAGGUUCACGGCGAGCCUUAUCAGAACGAAUACGAUCGAUCAAACUUCCCUAACGCCUGGAAGAAUCAUAUCAAGAAAGCCAUAAACGAAAGUCUGCACAAGAACAGAGAUCUUGCACCACCUGAGAGUUUUCUAGGCGAGAUCGGUAACAGCAACAUCAUGGAGGACAAGAAGCAAAUUUCAUCAUUCGUCAGCCCUGUCAAGAAAUCGUGCUUGGCUCCUCCAGCUGGAUUUGAUCGAAGAUACGCAACGGUAAACUCAGCUGGUGCUGACGUCACCACGAGUGUGACAUACUCGAACGCGUACAUUUCUAGGAAGUUUACAGAGAAGAAUGGUGACGAAAAGUUGAUGGCGGUCCUUCACUGUCCGAGCGGUGUCAAACCCGAACACUGCAAAGUUUGGAUUCAGGGGAAUAUCUUGUACUUCAAAUACAAGCUCCCCAGUAUGUUCUCCAAGGCGGAGAGACUUUUCGCUUAUGCCGACAAGGAUGACAUCAAGACCCGUGCAUUAGCUCUGAGGGACGAACUCACUCGCUUGAGAAAAGCCGACGAGGAAGAUAUUUGGUUUACUUCACCCAUUCAUUUGGAACACCGCUCUUGGGACAACAAGUUGCUUGCUUAUGAUUUUUCUUUUGGAACAACCAAGUGGAACAAUAAUUUGGUCCUUGUAUCUCAAGCAAUGUGUGUUGAGAUCAUGGUAAAGCCGGCUGACGGUGACAAGGCAAAGGAUGCACACACUUACUCUAUCUUUGAUGAUGAUGAUGACAAAGAGAACGACUAA